AUGGUGUGUCCCGACUGCCUCUCGGGGCGCGUGCGGACCGAGACGCCGACGGGCACCGUGACCAAGAUCCACGGCCUCGACACGUACGUGGCCUCGCCGCCGGACGGCGCCGUGCCCAAGGGCCUAGUCGUCAUGGUUUCCGACAUCUUUGGCUGGGAGUUUGUCAAUAGCCGCCUGCUGGCGGAUCAGUAUGCCGCCGCCGGCGGGUUCCUCGUCUACCUGCCCAACUUCAUGAAGGGGGGCGGCGUGCCGGGUUGGCUAACGGAAGUGCUGUUUAAGCUGCUGAGCAAGUCCGGCGUGGUCGGCUGGGUGCGCAAGCCGUGGUACGUGGCGCAGAUCGCCUACUACGUGGUGCCGUGGCUGUUCUUCAACCGGUGGACCGUGUCGUGGCCGAUCGUGCGGGGAUUCUUCGAAGCCGUGCGCAGCAAUGCGGCCACUGCAACAUUACCGGUCGGCGCUGCGGGUUUCUGCUGGGGCGCCAAGCACUGCAUCUUCCUGACGCACCCCGAGGGCGUCACCUCAGGUGACAGCAGCAAGCCGCUCAUCGACGCCAUCUUCAUCGCCCACCCUAGCGUCGUUAAAUUCCCGGCCGACGUCGACAAGGUCGCGCGCCCGGCCUCGCUCGCCAUCGGCGACAAGGAUGUGACUAUGACCAUGGAGCACGUUGCCAUCACCCGCAAAGCGUGGGACGCCAAGAAGGGUGUUGUUGAUACUGAGGUAGUUGUCUAUCCGGGCGCCAACCACGGUUUCGCUGUCAGGGUCGACUACUUCAAUGAGAACAUGCUCAAGCAUUACCAGGAGGCCGAGGAGCAGGCGGUUAGGUGGUUUACAAAAUAUCUGAAGUGAGAGCUGCGAGUGUGUGGG